AUGGCUGGAAACGACGGUCUCGGCGAGCCGGCUGCCAAGCGGGUGAAGGUGUCUGACGACGUACCGAACGGCCAGGCAGAGGGCAACGCCCCCCCUGCAGCCGCCGAACGUGUGCGCGGCAUGGCCUCCAUCAAGCCCGAAUAUCGCAUCACCGUCUCUGGUAUGAAAGCAGAGAAGGCAGCCGUUGACGAUGACGCGGCUGAGGCGUCCAUUGCCACAGACAACCCCGUCAAUGGCAGGUCAGAUUCUCGGGGUGAUGCUCGAGAUGCGCGGGAUGCGCGGGAUGCGCGAGGUGAUCGUGGGAGGGAUCGAAAGGGAAAGGGUCGCCAAAAGCAGAGUGGCCAGAACAAGGCCCGAGAGUACGGUUACUUCUCGGAUUCUAUCAAGCUCUGCAACAGCCGCGCCUUCACCAACGAAUUUUCCCCCAGGGAAUGCAGAUACGGAGACAGAUGCAACUUGUCGCACGAUUUACGCAAGUACCUCGCCGAAGGUCGGCGAGAGGACUGCGAAACCUUUGCUGGCCGGUGCCCAGUCUUCGAGGCCCACGCAAAAUGCCCUGCAGGCUGGAAAUGCCGUUUUGUCAAGAGCCAUUCCAAGGAGAUCGAGCAUGAGGAUGGUCGUAAGGAACUCGUUUUGGAGGGCGCUUCGGACCCUGCGACCAGCAUGGGCGAGGAUGAUGACCAGCGGCCUGGCAUUGUCAACGUAGCCAAUAACGACCAGAAAUGGGGGCUGGCAAAGAAGAAGGUUCCGUUGGAGAUGUCUGAAAAGUAUAUCGGAUGGCUCAACAGGGAGACAGACCUCUCGCGGGCUUUUUCCAACAAGAAAUCAAGCUAUGCGGCCGAUCCAGAGGCCGGCCAGGCUGCACGUGAGGAGCUGCGAGCACAAUUUGUCGAUCCGCCGUUCCAGCCGUCUGAGAAGCGCAAAAUCUACUUUGGACGAGAGACGCCUGUUCUGGCCCCCCUCACCACACAGGGCAACCUACCGUUCCGCAGGUUGUGUGUCGAGCUUGGCGCCCAGGUUACGUACAGUGAGAUGGCUCUUGCUAUGCCCAUGGUCCAGGGAAACAAGAGUGAUUGGGCUUUGAUGAAGGCACACGAGACUGAGAUCACGCCGCCUCGAUUCGCACCGUCCAACCCCGACAGCGUGGUGAAGGUUUAUGACAACGCCAAGGACCUGAAGUUUGGUGCCCAAAUCGCUGGCAACCAGCCAUGGGUUGCCAUCAAGGCUACCGAGGCCCUGACUCGCUUUCUUCCGCACCUACGUGUGGUGGAUCUUAACUGUGGCUGCCCCAUUGAUAUGGUCUUCAACUCAGGCGCCGGAAGCGCUCUGUUGGACGCGCAUAGUAAGAUGGAGCGCAUGAUCAGAGGCAUGAACGUCGUAUCUGGCGAGGUGCCCAUCACCGCGAAGAUUCGGAUGGGAGUGAGGGACAACAAACCCAAUGCUCUCAAGUUGGUUGAAAGGCUUGCUCUGGGCGACGAAGAUCAACGGGAUAGGCUCGGUGCGCCAGGGUGUGCCGCUGUCACUCUGCACGGACGAAGCCGGCAGCAGCGCUACACAAGAAGCGCCAACUGGUCGUACAUCGCCGAAUGUGCCACCCUGAUUCAGUCAUACAACCAGAAGAAGGAUGACAUCACCGACACGGCCAAGGAGCCGGAUGCCAAUACUCAGGCGAACGGCGGAAACAUGUACUUCAUCGGUAACGGUGACUGCUACUCACAUGUAGACUACUUUGACCAUGUCGACAACGCCAAGGUCGAUUCGGUCAUGAUAGCACGGGGAGCCAUGAUCAAGCCGUGGAUCUUCGAGGAGAUUGAGAAGGGACAAUACCUCGACAAGUCAGCCAGCGAACGACUUGGAUAUGUCGAGAAGUUCUGCCGCUAUGGUCUGGAAAACUGGGGAUCAGACGAGCUAGGAAUUGGCUUCACAAGGAGGUUCCUGCUCGAGUGGCUCAGCUUCACCCACCGAUACGUCCCCAUUGGUAUCUUGGAACACCUACCACCAAGUCUUCAAGAUCGCCCGCCCGCCUAUCGUGGGCGCAACGACCUGGAGACGCUUCUGGCAAGCGAUAACUACAUGGACUGGAUCAAGAUCAGCGAAAUGUUCCUGGGUCCCGCGCACCCUGGCUUCAAGUUUCAGCCAAAGCACAAGUCAAACAGCUACGAAAUAGAGGCAGAGGGAUAG